GGCUGCCCAACCCCGUCACCACUACCUCCUCAACCCUAGGGAGAUCCCUUAGUGGGUUUCAUGGAGACUGCCGCCCUCCUCUCUUCCCGCCUGAGGAGAAGCACCGGCUGGGAUUCCGUCAUGUCCUGCAUCACCCAAAUAUGGCAAACGGAAGUGCCAGAAUCUCCCCCUAUGAGCCCCUUGAGCCCCAUCCCAGCUGCACCGAACGAAAUCCCAAUCCCACUCAGCCCCAUUGUGAUCACCUCCCCUACGCUUAGCUCCUCUGCAGAAGGAAGGCCCAGGGUAUGUUCCCCGAUACGGUCUCCGGUGGAUGGCAAACUGAGGCUCGGCUCGCCGACAGACAAGCCCACCUCCCCUAUCGAGUGCUCCAUCUGCUUCAACACCUACGACAACCUUUUCAAGACUCCUAAGGUCUUGGAAUGCCAACACACCUUCUGCUUGGAGUGUCUGGCUCGCUUGACCGCCGCACUCCCUGCGAACAGAGUGGAAGAUCAGCUGCCAUGCCCUUUUUGCCGGCAACUCACCGAAAUUCCCCUCGAAGGGCCACCGGGUCUCCGGACGAGCAAGGAGCUCUUGUCCACCUUGCCUCCUGAACUCCAGCGUGAGAAAGUCAUCUGGAUGGAAGGUACCAAGCUGUGCUGCAGGCAGUCUUCCGACCCGGAGAACCCAGAUUGCAUCAGCAUUGACGUGGGCCUGAGCAAACCAGAAGUCCCAGAGCUGCCCCCCGACACUUUCAUGGGCAGGUUGUCUCGCUGUGCCAUGUGCGACGACUGGAAACGCAUUGUCCUCCUUUCGGCAUUGAUCAUUAUCCUUUUCUGCAUCAUUCUCUGGCCAGUUCAGUGUGUCCUGAAAACGGGUAACCUUCGUUGUUUUGCUAGGACUUAUACGAUAACCAAGCCGUACAUCCCGUAUCAUCCACCGACCACUGCGGCACCGACGACAGCAGCCUUUGAACCCCUAUGGUGACCCUGGGAGACAAACCUCUCUAGGAUGCCCCGGAACUUUACUCUGCUCACAUGGACACUUUUCUUUUGUUAUUACUUGAAGUAUUCUUGCCGAUCUUUAUGCACAGCUUCAUAAACCAUCGCUAGGCUAAAUCUUGACUGUUGCCACGCGUACUUUUUAUUUAUUGAUAUAUUAAUGCCAAUGGCCACACAGAACAUGCGAGGGAAAGCAAAGGCCUUUUGUAAGGCAAGACUGCAAUCAGGUGGUUUUCUUUAGGAUACUUGCCAAAGACUGCAACCAGGUGGUUCUCUUUAGGAUACUUGCCAAAGAACCUGACCAGCCAUGAUAGCAGGGCUUUCUUUGUAGAAAAAGCUCAGAAGGAACUCAUUUUCCUAUUAGGCCACACGCUCCAAUGUCAUCAUUGUUUCAGGAACUCAUUUGCAUAUUAGACCACACCUCCUGACCACACCAAGCCAGCCGGAACUGUGUUCCUGCUCAAAAAAAAGCCCUGUGCGGUAAGCCUGAAAUCCCAAACUGAAUAGUAAGCAGACAGUUGAAUCAUGUACCGGCGUUGAGCCUGGACGUAUCGCGGUGACAAAUAAAAAUCAAAAGGAGCUUGUGCCAAAGGCUGAAUCCACUGUGCAGAAUACGUGUGUUUAAUUCUACAUGAAGAGGAGCUAUUUAAUUUUAUAUGUGAUAUUAAAACAUUUCAGUUUUAUAGA